UUUUUGACUUAGUAAUUAAACACUUGGAUUUCUACAUGUCAUUAGAAAUUGGUAUUACUGUCAGUCUUAUCAUAACAGAAAUGUCGUUGCAAAGACCUUAUACAUAUCAACAUAUGCAUUUGUUGUUUAGAUAUACAGUUAAUUUCAAAACACAUGAUUAAUUAGAUAAGACUAGUUAAAGACCAUAUUGUUAAGUUGUUUUUCCCCAACCCAUGAAAAAAAAGCAUUAUUUUUUAUUUAUUGUUUUUUUGUUAUAACAAAAUUUUAAGAAACAGGAUAAGAUUAACCACUUAACGCCCUAUGUUGAAAUCGUGACUCAUGGCUAUUGGAUAAUGACCCAAAAAUAAAACAUGACAUUUUCAUUGCCACUCAUUAUAGUUACUUUCCAAUUCCAAUAAAUACAAUAAUUCAACUCAUUUACAAAACAUGGUAGAUAAUUAUAAUUAGAUAAAUAAAAAAUCAAAGAGAUCAAUCGGAGAUCAAAGACACUUACGGUGGCGGGUUAUUGCCCAAACCACCACCGUAACCCACAAAACCUCCGUAAUACGUCUCUGAUCAAAAACAUUAUUAACCAUUGACAUCAGCAUCAUCAUCAUUAUCAUCAAUCAUAAUUCAUAAUCAUAACGAUAAUCACAACCAUAAUCAUAAACGAUGUCGUAUUUAUCAGCCUCUGCCCCGUAUCAACUUUUAGAAAUCAACAUUAUAUCAGCACAAGAUUUAUCCCCUAUUUCAAAAUCUAUGAAAGCCUAUGCAGUCGCAUGGAUCCAUCCAGAAAGAAAAUUAGCCACACAGAUUGAUCAAGAGGGUCACACAAAUCCUACGUGGAAUGAAAAAUUCGUUUUCAGAAUCGACGAUGAAUUUCUCAAUGCUGAAGAUUCUGUUAUCAUGAUCGAGAUCUACAAUUCAGCGUGGCUCCGUGAUGUUCUCGUCGGAACCGUCGCUGUUCUUGUUAACAAUCUUCUCCCGCCGGGAACAAGAUCCGGUAAUCGGAAACCUAAACUCCGAUUCGUCGGUCUUCAGAUCCGUCGACCUUCCGGUCGUCCUCAAGGGAUUCUUAACAUCGGCGCUGCAAUUCUCGAUAGUUCGAUGAGAAGCAUGCCGUUGUAUUCGGAGUUAUCUACAUCGGAGGCUGGAUAUUGGGAUCCAACGGAUCUGAAGAAGAUGAAUAAUUAUAAUUAUAACUAUAAUGAUAAUCAUUCAAUUACAGAUUCGACGAUUACUGAUUCCAAGAUGGUGGCACUUCAACGUUGCCAGAGUGAGAGAAAUGAUUCCACGAUUAAUGAUUAUGCAUAUCAUGGUGGCGGGAAAAUUGGUUAUGACGGUUAUAACGGUUAUGAGGAAUCGGAAGUGAGUGUGCCGGUGCAGAGAAAUUGGGGAAAUGAGGAUUCAUUGUGUAAUUCUGAUGUUGGACCUUCACCGUCGGUUGUUGCGGCGGCGAUAGCGAAGGGAUUGUAUCCUAUACCGGCACCACCACCGCAGAAGAAGGUGGAAAUCGCGGCUGAUGAUUGGUCGGAGAGUAAUUGUUCGGAAGGGAUGAAUACGAAGAUUGAGAGGUGGAGGAAUGAGUUGACUCCGGCGUAUGAUAAGGACGAGUACGAUGAAUUGGAUGACGAAAUUAAUAAGAAAUUGGCGGCAAAGACGCCAAUGUGGACGGGAAAAACACCGGGACGGAUGGGGAAAACGCCGGGAAGGAUGGGAGGAAAAACACCAGGAAUGAUGGGGAAAACGCCGGGAAUGAUGGGGAAAACGCCGGGACGGAUGGGAACGGGGAAAACACCGGGACGGCCGCCUGUGGCUCCGAAAGGGAAGUUGUUUUCGUGUUUUGGAGCGGCGUUCGGGGUUGAGUUUUCGAUAUCUUGCGGUGGGGGUAACAGGAAAAAGAAAGGUGGAAAUAGCAAAAGUGGUCUCACAGCGUCUGAGCUAACUUACGAUGAAUCAUCGAUAAUGUGAUGAAUUAAUUAGUUAUGAGUUAUGAGUUAUGAAUUAUGAUGAUGAUGAUAAUGAUGAUGUUAUUGUUGUUGUUUUGAAUUGCAUGUAUUAGAGCUUGCUCUAUUCUUCUGUCUGCUAAAUGUAAAUAACGUUAUGGGCAUGCAUUUUAAUGUGUUCAACGUGGAUGAUGAUGUAUAAGCAGAAGAAUGAUGCAUGCUAUAUAUCACUCACUCAGUGUCCUCUAUGGUAGGAAUGUCUUCUCGGUUUGAGUAUAGUACUUAGUACGUAGUACUUACUGAGAGUAGAUCUCCUCUCAUUCUCUUUUCAUUUUUUGUUUAACUUUUUAUUUAUUUGCUAAGUGUAUAUUGGCAUUCAAUCAAUUGAUUCAGUUGAUUAAACUA